AUGGAGCGGUUCGAGACGGCGUACGGGACGACGUUCCAGUGCACGAGCGUCUGCCACUUUAUCACGAUCGCCUUCUCGGUGCUCUUGCUGCUCUUCGUCUUGCUGCUGCUGCUCGUGCCCGUGAGCACGACCCAGUACGUCAAGGCGCCGGCGACCAAGCGCAAGCGCCCGCCCAAGCCAUUGGCACCGGCGACCACCGUGCCCACGCUGGCGGCCGUCGGCGUUCACCAGCACCUCCUCGACCCGUACGCGCCGGUGUCGACGGCCUUGACGACCGAGGUCGACGACGUGCCACGCAUCGACACCGACGACUAUGACUUUAUCGCGUCCUUGUCGACCGCGGUGCCGGCCAAAGCGCCGCCGUCGCCGCGCCGGCACAGCGCAGCGGCCGACGUCCACGUCAAGCGCGUCAACGUAGCGCGCAAGAAGGACCGGCGCGCCGAGCUCCGCGCGGCCGACGUGAGCUACGAGACGCUGGGCGACGACGCGAUCCGCGAGCACGAGUACCUCGAGUUUGUGCGCAGCCUCCUCGACGGCGUCGGCCUCUUCAAGCUCAAGUCCAACGGAAAGAAGUCGCCCCGCAUCUUUGCGCUCUCGCACGACCUGACGCUGCUCACAUGGACCAAGCCGCACGGCCUGCUGCGCAAGACGUCGUCGGUCGCAAUGCGGGACGUUGUCGGCGUCACGACCGGCGUCGGGCCCACCGGCGCGUUCCUCUCGCUCCUCCAGGCAGACAACUCGACGCUCGACGUCCAAGCCGACUCGGACAUGACGCUCCAGAAGCUCCGCAACGGCUUCUCGAUGCUGCUCCAGGCACAGCAAUAG